GCUUGGGAUCUCUAUGACGCUGCUCAUAUAGCCCAGCUCAUUGCUGCACUUGGACCACCACCGCCUGAGUUUCUAGCUAGGAAUGAAGAAUGAAGAGCGGAUUUCUGGGAUGAGCAGGGAAAUUGGCUGGGCCUUGCACCUAUACCACACGACCGGACACUGGAAGCUCUCGAGACCAAGCUGGAGGAUAAGACAGCCUUUCUUACGGCGUGACUGCUUAGAUAGAACUUUUGUUCUUAUGCCAGGCUACAGAAUGACGGCAUUGCUGCCUGUGGCCGUGACAGGCGCAUUCUCCUCCCACACG